AAAUCAAGAUUUCAGAAAUUACCCGUUCCAAUGGACGACGACCCCCCUCUCGAUCCACCACCGCCGGAGCCCAAGAACGACAUCAUGGCUUCCCAAAUCCUACCUGAAUCCGACGUCAUCAAAAAGAAAAAGAAAAAGAAGAAGAAUAAAGCAAGUGCUUUUGACCCUACUAAUUGUUCCUCAUCAUCAUCAUCUUGUUCUAAUAGGGGUAUUAGGGUUUCCUCAACAACAGGUGGUCGUAGAGUCAUAGUUGGUAGACAUAAAAGCAGCACUGACAACAAUAAUGUUGUUGAAGCUCUUGCUCUUCCUCUUGGCAUGUCUAUUGCUGCUGUUCUUGCCCAGGUUUUGGAAAGGAAAGAUGCAACCGGACAAAAGAUAUCUGUGGAUUACCUGUCAGAGAUUUGUACUUUGGCUGUCCGAGAGUCUUUGGCCAAUGUAUUCGGUGACCAGUUUGAGUCUUUCGUGAGGAACUUCGAGAAAUCGUUUCAUAGUACCUUGAUGACACUCAGAUUAAUCAGUGAAUCCUCUAUGAACAGUGGAGUAGAGCAAAAUCAUUGUGCAGCAAGGACUUCUGUCUCAGAAAGAUCUGUGCCGUUUAUUUCCAACAGACUAGAAAAUCGUACAUGUGAUCCUGACUUCGGUGAGUCUCAAGCGGAGUCAUUUCAGCAGAGUGCCAUCUCUGAUAACGAGAGAAAUCAAGAAGAGAGAAGUGACGGUACAUGUCUUGAAUCAAUAGGUCGGCAGCUUACCCUCUAUGAUAGGCAAGUGAGGCAGCAAUUGGCUUCUGUUUCAUCCAGUACAGAGAUUAGCCAAUCUGUGCAUAGUACUUUGGAAAGAUCUCUCAUAGAGCAAGCUAGGUCGAAUGACCUCAAGACAUUUGAGAUUGGUCUUACAAUGAGGAAGUUGCAACUUAAAGAAAGGCAGCUGUCUCUCAGUUCUGAUGCGAACCUUUUGGAGAGGGCCAAACUAUCAUUUGGUUUCUCUAAGACAUCCUUCAAAGCUGAAAAGUUUAAAAAUCAAGUAGAAGACUCAAAACAUGCUGAGCUGCUUAAAUCAUCGAUAGACUGCCUUGUUGCUGGUUUAUUUAUCAUGUUGGCGUGUCUUGGAUAUGGGACUUAUGUUUUCUCUCAUAAAAGAAUUACUGAAGCUACAGCGUUCUGCACACCUUCCAUGGAACACAAGUCUUGGUGGAUGCCGAAAUCGAUGUCAUCUAUUAAUUCAGGACUGCAACUCUUACGGUGUCAGGUUCUAGUUCUCAGUCGCAUGCUGUUUGGUGGUUUCAUGAUAUUGGCUAUAGGCUAUUUACUUCUCCAGCGCUCUGCAACUUCGAAUCAGACUAUGCCAAUUACUUUCAUUCUGUUGCUGUUGGGAGUUGGCUGCGGUUUUGCAGGGAAGUUUUGUAUCGACACCUUAGGGGGAAGCGGAUAUCAUUGGUUAAUUUUUUGGGAGACAUUCUGCUUGCUACAUUUUCUUUCGAAUGCUUUUAUCUCGACUUUGUUCCUGAUCCUUAAUGGACCUGUCACGGUGUCAGAAAAGAGCACAAGGGAUAGAACAUUUCCAUACUGGAUGAGGAGAUCUAUGUUUUAUACCACAUUACUUCUUUUUCUCCCCUUGCUAUGUGGUUUGAUCCCUUUUGCUGGCCCCCGUGAGUGGAAAGAUCACUUCUCUUCACUUGUCCUGGACGCUUUUAUUACUCCAGUUGAGUACUGAAAAGGAGAGUGCAAGCUUGUAGCAUUAUUGGAUGAAACACUGCUUUGAUCAAGACCUGUCAAGGAAUUAAGCGUAAAGUAUCAGGCUUGAGGAUGAUUAUUCUGUUUUACAUGUAAAAUUAUUAUGUAUCAUUAGGGGCUAGCUGAAGAUUUCAGGCUUACAGAUGAAACACUGUUUUGAUCUGUGCCUGUCAAGGAAUUUUAGCUUUGUAUGAUCAACUAGUAGAAGAUUAGCCUAAAUUAUCUGUAUCAUUAGAGCAAAAUGAGGCCUUGUGUAGUUAGGUUUCCUUUCUUUUUGGUUUAUGAUUGGGAGAAAGCAGGUUUUGAGUCUUGUAACAUCUUGUGAAGAUGCAGGAUACAGUAGUAUCAACGAAGGAGCAUCUUGAAUUGUACUAUAUUUUAUUCAAUUAAAAGAGUAUUAACUGUAGAUUGUGGUGAAUAA